AUGGAGGCUAUUCUUGCGGACUCUGUACGGAACAGCUUACAGCAACUAAUGUAUCGAAAUGCCAUUUUCAUGUGCGAGCGCCUAUGUGCUGAGUUUCCUUCUGAGAAAAAUUUGUCCCUGCUUGCUAGCUGUUACCUACAAAACAAUCAAGCACACUGUGCUUACCAUAUCUUAAAGGGAACACAAAUGGCACAAUGCCGCUACUUGUUUGCACUGUCGUGCUUUCAGAUGGAUCUAAUGAAUGAAGCAGAAGCUGCACUAUCUCCUAAUGAGUCUUCUGCAGAGGUUCCAAAUGGGGCUGCUGGGCAUUACCUUCUUGGACUUGUAUACAGGUAUACAGACAGAAGGCAGAGUGCUAUCAAUCACUUCAAUCAGGCCUUAUCAUUGGAUCCACUAUUAUGGGUUGCUUAUGAAGAACUUUGUAUAUUAGGUGCGGCAGAUGAAGCAACUUCUGUCUUUGAUCAAGGAGCUUCUCUGUGCAUACAGAAACAAUACCUAAAUCGUGGAUUGGCCUCUCAGAGUUUGCAGGCACCAAAUGAGGAGCAUGAAAUUUCUUCAAACAGAAUCUUAAGCUCAGAAGAUAUUAGCCCAAGAAAGUUAAAGAACCUUCAUAACCAUAGCCUACGAGAUAUUUCUGUCAACAAUCACGGAACAAUUUCUAAUCAGCCUCUAAAUGGUGGUUCUGCAAGUUUCCCAUAUUAUAAUACUCCUUCUCCUAUGGCUACACAUUCACAGUUGUCAGGUUUGGCUCCACCACCUAUAUGUAGAAACUUACAACCAAAUGGUCCAACCAUGAAAGCAUAUGCUUCUGAUAACUCUCCACGAGUGGCUGUCAACUCUGUUGCAGGCCCUAGAAGAAAGAUUGUUGAUGAGGGAAAACUAAGAAAGGUAUCGGAGAGGCUCUUUUCUGAUUCUGGACAGCGAAGAAGCAUGAGACUUGCUGGGGAGUCUGCCAGCACCAACUCAAGUUCAUCUGUAGCUUCUGGAAAUGGAGUAAGCCAUUCUACCAAGUUUCUUGGAGGUUCAAAGUUGAGCUCCAUGGUUUCACGGUCUGUGACAAUUCGUAAGGGUCAAUCCUGGGCAGGCGAGAAUGCUGAUGAAGGGACUCAUCAUGACGUGUAUGAUGAUUCUAGAUUGCAUACCACUACUACAAGCUCAUCUCCCUCUAGAGAUAAUAGGUCUAUUGAACAAGAAGGAGAAACCAGGUCUUCAGGUGCAGCUGUUUUGAGCAGCUCAAGAAUCAUAGAUGGUGCUUCUGAUAUAUUGGGUUUAUUAAGGAUUCUAGGGGAAGGCCUCAGACUUUCUUGCCUGUGCAGAUGCCAGGAUGCAUUGAAUGUCUACAUGAAACUUCCCCAAAAACAUUAUAAUACUGGAUGGGUGCUUUCUCAGGUAGGAAAAGCAUAUUUUGAAAUGGUUGAUUAUCUUGAAGCUGACCGUGCCUUCAGUCUUGCACGUAUUGCCUCUCCGUUCAGUUUGGAGGGGAUGGACAUAUACUCUACAGUUUUAUAUCAUUUGAAGGAAGAUAUGAAGUUGAGUUACCUUGCUCAGGAGCUGGUAUCCACUGACCGCUUAGCUCCUCAAUCUUGGUGCGCAAUGGGGAACUGCUAUAGCUUACAGAAAGACCACGAAACUGCUCUUAAAAACUUCCAGCGAUCUGUGCAAUUAAAUUCAAGAUUUGCUUAUGCGCACACCUUGUGUGGUCAUGAAUACGUGGCCUUGGAGGAUUUUGAAAAUGGUGUUAAGAGCUACCAGAAUGCUCUUCGUGUAGACUCAAGGCACUAUAAUGCCUGGUAUGGACUGGGAAUGAUUUAUCUCAGACAAGAGAAGUACGAGUUCUCAGAGCACCAUUUCCGAAUGGCUUUCAAAAUUAACCCGCUUUCAUCUGUUAUAAUGUCAUAUCUUGGGACUGCUUUGCAUGCGCUGAAGAGAAAUAAUGAAGCACUUGAGAUGAUGGGAAAAGCUGUUUUGGCUGAUAAGAAGAACCCGCUCCCUCUGUAUCAGAAGGCAAACAUCCUCGUGAGCAUGAAUGAUUUUGAUGGGGCUUUAGCAGUUCUUGAGGAGCUCAAAGAGUAUGCUCCAGGUGAGAGCAGUGUUUACGCAUUAAUGGGAAGCAUCUACAAGCGGCGGAAUAUGCAUGAUAAAGCAAUGCUUCAUUUUGGAAUUGCAUUGGAUCUGAAACCUUCUGCAACUGACGUUGCUGCUAUCAAGGCUGCCAUCGAGAAGUUGCACGUACCAGAUGAGAUAGAGGGCGAUAGUGAAUCAGCAGAUUGA